AUGCAACAGCUCGGAAUUAUAUGUAUACUUUCAUUAGUUUUGCUCUCUCACGCCAAGCUAUAUCUUGCCUCGUCACGUCGCUAUGACCCUAUCAGACGGUUUGUCUCAACGAUAGGUGGCCCGCAUGCGGGAUAUUUUGUCAACAAUACUUACGAGUCCAACAUUGGAUUGUCAGUCGCAACUCAAGAGCUCGAGCUUGGAGCUCAACAAAAGUCCAAGGUUGUCGUCAAUAACAUAGCGAAUAGUAGUGAAGUCAAUAUGUACGUGACCGGAAAUGACUUGACCAACAACCUUGUCAUCUUAACACCGAAUGGACAAUGGUAUUAUCCCACUGUGAAUGGCUCCCUAAAUGUUCCAAUGAAACUGUCUUCGGAUGUCAUUACCAUCCCCGUACAAUGUACCAGUCCAGCUAUAGAAGUUCGGCUUCCCAGUCCCGUAUCAGCGGGAAGGAUUUGGUUCGCACACGGUGAUCUGGAGUUUUCAGUUGUCAGGACCCAGGCCAGCAGCGCCUCGCUUGUCCAACCUUCUCUGACCUAUGCCAAUACUUCAUGGGGUUUCGUAGAGUUCACGACCACCCCGGAGGAGGGUUUAUGGGUCAACCUCAGCUUCGUGGACUUUGUCGGCAUAGCCUUAGGCCUAGAACUGGUAGGUUUUAGCCCAGAGAAUACCACUUCAGUCUCACAGUCGGCCUUGGGUCUGCAUUCAAGCGCGAUAGACACACUGUGUCGACGCUUAGCCGACCAAAGUAUUAUCGACGGCUAUAGCUGGGGAGAUUUAUGUCUGAGAAAUUCAGAUUCUCGCCCGGUUCGGGUACUCUCUCCGACUUCUUAUAUUCAGGCGAACCCGGAAGCUUUUUCAGACUAUUGGACAUGUUAUAUCGAAGAAGUCUGGACACGGUACACCUCUGAGAGUCUAAUCAUCUAUCCCCACUCUCAGGAUUUGGGGAACAUCUCUUGCGGGGUUCAGGAUGACCUUCUUAUCUGUACAGACGCGAACGGAACAGUUGAAGACUUUGGGAAACCAUCGGCAAAAGACGUUUUUGGGUGCAACAGUGGCCCAUUUACUAUCACGGAGAACUCCAGCGACCUGUCUCGGGCAGUUGUACCACGACUCUGCGCCGGCAUCAACCGGUCUACUCUACUCCUUGGCAACUCUAGCUUUCAGCCGAGUGGCAUCCCUCCCAGCUUAUACUAUACCGGCAACGUGACCAAUUGGUAUAGUAAACUAGUCCACCAAUUGGAGAUCGAUGGCAAGGGACGGUUUGUCUCAACGAUAGGUGGCCCGCAUGCGGGAUAUUUUGUCAACAAUACUUACGAGUCCAACAUUGGAUUGUCAGUCGCAACUCAAGAGCUCGAGCUUGGAGCUCAACAAAAGUCCAAGGUUGUCGUCAAUAACAUAGCGAAUAGUAGUGAAGUCAAUAUGUACGUGACCGGAAAUGACUUGACCAACAACCUUGUCAUCUUAACACCGAAUGGACAAUGGUAUUAUCCCACUGUCAAUGACUCCCUAAAUGUUCCAAUGAAACUGUCUUCGGACGUCAUUACCAUCCCCGUACAAUGUACCAGUCCAGCUAUAGAAGUUCGGCUUCCCAGUCCCGUAUCAGCGGGAAGGAUUUGGUUCGCACACGGUGAUCUGGAGUUUUCAGUUGUCAGGACCCAGGCCAGCAGCGCCUCGCUUGUCCAACCUUCUCUGACCUAUGCCAAUACUUCAUGGGACUUCGUAGAGUUCACGACCACCCCGGAGGAAGGUUUAUGGGUCAACCUCAGCUUCGUGGACUUUGUCGGCAUAGCCUUAGGCCUAGAACUGGUAAAUUAUAGCCCAGAGAACACCACUUCAGUCCCACAGUCGGCCUUGGGUCUGCAGUCAAGCGCGAUAGACACACUGUGUCGACGCUUAGCCGACCAAAGUAUUAUCGACGGCUAUAGCUGGGGAGAUUUAUGUCUGAGAAAUUCAGAUUCUCGCCCGGUUCGGGUACUCUCUCCGACUUCUUAUAUUCAGGCGAACCCGGAAGCUUUUUCAGACUAUUGGACAUGUUAUAUCGAAGAAGUCUGGACACGGUACACCUCUGAGAGUCUAAUCAUCUAUCCCCACUCUCAGGAUUUGGGGAACAUCUCUUGCGGGGUUCAGGAUGACCUUCUUAUCUGUACAGACGCGAACGGAACAGUUGAAGACUUUGGGAAACCAUCGGCAAAAGACGUUUUUGGGUGCAACAGUGGCCCAUUUACUAUCACGGAGAACUCCAGCGACCUGUCUCGGGCAGUUGUACCACGACUCUGCGCCGGCAUCAACCGGUCUACUCUACUCCUUGGCAACUCUAGCUUUCAGCCGAGUGGCAUCCCUCCCAGCUUAUACUAUACCGGCAACGUGACCAAUUGGUAUAGUAAACUAGUCCACCAAUUGGAGAUCGAUGGCAAGGGGUACGCAUUUCCCUACGACGAUGUAUCGUCGGUCGAUGGAGAUGACAGUCAAUCGGGACUACUGACGGCUCCUGAGCCAUGGGUCCUAAGUUUAUUUGUCGGCGCCUAA